UAGAGGAUUUAAAGUCAGUAAUAGUAGUAAAUCCUCAGCAGACGCUUCUGACUGACUGAAGAACAGAGAUCUGGACUUGAGAAAGCAAGAGAGAGCACACUUAGCAUGAAGCCCAGGAGGCGGCGGCCCUCGGUGGAUCUGCUGCCCACCAUCGCAGAGCUCCAGGAGAGCGAGCUUCAGGCCCACAGUCUGGAGGAGUACAUGGAGUCGAUUCGGGAGCUGUCCCAGCCCAGCUACCCCCUUAGCGGGCCCCUGCAGCGCUCCCGUCUGUGUCCACCGCGUACCGCAAGAUUCCCCAGCAUGAGCUUGGCACACAGACCCUGGGCCCUCAGCAGACCUGACAGCACAUCACUGACCCUGAACCACUGCAAGAGCCCAAACACUUCACAUCAGGACCCGCUGGACUGGCUGUUUGCACAAACACAACACAUCGGAGUGACCCUCGUGCGGAGCAGUCCUGACGACCUCGCCAUGAUAUGAGCAUAAAACACAAUGAUUUGGUGUCACUGAGUAGGACUGAUAUUUAUUUUUAUACUUUCUGCUUUCAAGACAUAAGCAAACUGUCUUUCUAUUAGCAACGUCAUGUAACAAGCCUACGAGAUGCUGGCACCAUGUUAGCACCACAUGGUAAUUGAUGAUAACAACGUUAAACUUGUUAUAAACAUGCUCAUUUAUGAUAACACCUUGCUAAUUUAAGCUAAUAGUAUGCUAACCAUGCUAGAAACAUGGUGAUUUUAUUAAUUUUGGCUUGACACAAACACAGUGUGUAUCAUUAGCAAAGCCUUGUAAAUAGCCCAUGCAUGCUGGCAUCAUGUUAGCCACAUGCUAAUUGAUGGUAACAAUGUUAGCUUUGUUAUAAACAUGCUCAUUUAUGAUAACACCUUGCUAAUUUAAGCUAAUAGUAUGCAAACCAAACUAGAAACAUGGUAAUUUUAUUAAUGUUGGCUUGACACAAACACAGUGUUUAUCAUUAGCAAAUCCUUGUAAAUAGCCCAUGCAUGCUGGCAUCAUGUUAGCCACAUGCUAAUUGAUGGUAACAAUGUUAAAUUUGUUAUAAACAUGCUCAUUUGUGCUAACAGCUUACUAAUUUAAGCUAAUAGUAUGCUAACCAUGCUAGAAACAUGGUGAUUUUAUUAAUUGACACAAACACUGUGUAUCAUUAACAAAGCCUUGUAAAUAGCCCAUGCAUGCCGGCACCAUGUUAGCCACAUGCUAACUAAAGGUAACAAUGUUAACCUUGUUAUAAACAUGCUCAUUUAUGCCAACAUUUUGCUAAUUUAAGUUAAUAAUAUGCUAGCCAUGCUAGAAACGUGGUGAUUUUAUUAUUGUUAGCUUGACACAAACACAGUGUGUAUCAUUAGCAAAGCCUUGUAAAUAACCUAUGCAUGUUAGCAACAUGUUAGCAGCCUGCUAACUCAUUUUAAUAAUGGUAAUGGUGCUUGUACCAACCAAACAUGCAAUUUUAUGCUACGAUAUAGCCUACUAAGAAUGCUAGUAACAUGGUAAUUCAUGCUUACAUAAUGCUAA